GAUGCUGCCAGACCUGCUGAGUUUUUCCAGAAGCAGCGCCCUUAGGACCGCCCAUUCCGGGGCGGAGACUCCGGGACCGGGACCGGGAUCGGGACCAGACUCCGGGAUCGGAAUCAGGAUCAGACUCCGGGAUCGGGAUCCGGCUCCGAGUCCCGAAGCCGCGAUAGGUGUGAACUUGGCUUCACACCUCAACACCUUUAUGUACAAAACAUCGCAAGGCAUUUCACAGAAACUGAAAAAAAGAAUUGAUUAGAGAAUAGAAGGAACCUGACCAAGAGCUGAGUCAUAGAGUUUAACACCAAGUCUUCAACAGAAAAAGUGUCUGCGAUACGUCAGCACAGGUUUAAUCUGAACAGGUCCAUUGCUGAGCAACCAUGAUGCCUGUGAUGGAAGAGAAGGUGCUGCCCAAAGACGGGUCACUGACUAUCCCUGUCCUUAUCGUAGGAAAUGGUCCCUCUGGGAUUUGCCUGUCCUACCUACUGUCUGGGCACAGGCCCUACCUGUCUCCUGGAGCAAGUCACACAAACCCAAUUCUACAGCACAAACUGGAAGAGAAUCGUCACCUGUCAAUCGUUGACCAGGAUCUGGAAUAUCUUGCUGAAGGGUUAGAGGGACGGUCAUCCAGUCCAGUGGCCGUGCUGUUUGACACGCUCCUCCUCCCUGGCGGCGACUAUGGGCUGGAUCAUGAUUCACCACUGUGCUGGAGACUGGAGCCUUGGCAGAGCAUAUCACACCUUGUCUUGGGCACAGGGUUACCUGGAGGAUCGUGGCACACUAUGGAGGGUUCGAUGCUGACAGUGAGCCUUGGGAAUUGGAUGGAGUUGCCGGGUUUGAAACUGAAGGACUGGGUCGGAGAGAAGCGAAGGAAUCGAAGGAAUGACCGAGUGAUCCCAGCUGAAGUUGCUGCCUAUUACCAGCAUUUUGUCAGUGAGAUGGACCUUGAGAAGAACUUUGUGUCCAGCAGCUGCCUGACAUCGCUGUGCCGGAUCGGGGAUGUUGCGGAGAGUGAGGAGGGCGGCAAGCGGAGAGUCAACCGGGAGAGCGGGGAGGGGGAAAGGAGUGAGACAGCGGCACGGACGGUCUGGCAAGCCAAAGGUUACCAGACGGGGCGAGACGGGGCCCAGACCCCCUUUCUGAUCUUUGCGGAGAAUGUGGUCUUAGCGACUGGGACACACGACCAGCCCACAAGGCUGGGUGUGGAGGGCGAGGACCUGCCUCAUGUCUGUCACAGCAUUUCGGAGUUUGAGACGGCCAUUAUCCAGGGCCGUGUGAGCGAGCACUCGGAGCCGGUGCUGGUCAUCGGGGCCGGACUCACUGCGGCCGAUGCCAUUCUCUGUGCCCAUCACUAUGGAAUCCCCGUUCUCCACAGCUUCCGACGGGCAGUCACUGACCCCGGCCUGAUAUUUAACCAGCUGCCCAAAGUGCUUUACCCAGAAUACCACAAGGUUCACCAGAUGAUGAGUCAGCAGAGCGUUGGUGGAGAGUCGGCUUCUUAUCGAGGUUACACCAGUUACCCCCGGCAUCACGUCGGCAGUUUCAAGCCAGAUAAGAAAUGUAUCCUGGAAAGCUGGGAUAAGCGACAGACAGUGGUGAAGACCUCCAUGGUCCUGGUGCUGAUUGGCACUAACCCCAGACUCUCCUUCCUUAGGGACAAUGGUAGCUACCUGGGACUGAACACUAAGAUGCCAAUCUCCUGCCGUUAUAACCCUUUGCAGAUUCAUCCUUACACAUACGAGUUGCUUCAGGAGCCCGGCCUCUUUGCCAUGGGUCCUCUGGUGGGUGAUAAUUUUGUGCGAUUUGUGAAGGGUGGGGCUCUGGGCAUUACCAGCUGUCUGGUGAAACACUACAAGAGGCAACACAAGCAGCUCCUGGUGAAGUGAUGCAGGGAAGUGGGAGCCUGUUCAGGUCUAAUAACAGUCACUGCUCACUGUGUCUCACUCCUGUGCAGACUGACCGCUGCUGACCGUGCAGACUGACCGCUGCUGACCAUACAGACUGACCGCUGCUGACCGUGCAGACUGACCACUGCUGACCGUGCAGACUGACCGCUGCUGACCAUACAGACUGACCGCUGCUGACCAUGCAGACUGACCACUGCUGACAGUGCAGACUGACCGCUGCUGACCAUACAGACUGACCGCUGCUGACCAUGCAGACUAACCGCUGCUGACCGUGCAGACUUACUGCUGCUGACCGUGCAGACUGACCGCUGCUGACAGUGCAGACUGACCGCUGCUAACCAUACAGACUGACCGCUGCUGACCAUGCAGACUGACCACUGCUGACCGUGCAGACUUACUGCUGCUGACCGUGCAGACUGACCACUGCUGACCGUGCAGACUGACCAUGCAGACUGACUGUGCAGACUGACC